AUGGAGCUAUACCUCAGGCUAAAGAAGCCUGAGGUGUACGAGCAGCUGGAUAUUGAGACGCAGUAUUUUUUAGAGGUCAUCCGCAACGCCAGCACCGCCACCUUUAGCGACGCGAGCGACAGCGAGGAAGAACAGGAAAGUGCUGCAGCAGAGGCCCCUCUUUGGGGUGUAUGUACACCGCGUUGUUUGCCUGAGGGUUUAAAUAUGACUACAGAAAGUCAGCAACAAUUUGAAUUAGAUAUGGAGGCCGAGAACUUCUACACCCCCGCUGACCUGCAGCAGCAGCAGCAGCAGCAUCAGCAGCAGCAGCAGCAGCAGCAGCAGCAGCAGCAACAGGACAGCACAGCAGCACCCGGUAGACUAGAGGGAGUCUCUAUGGAUGAGUGCGGAGACAAAAAAGAUAAGAGACAAACGAGCAGAGAUGCUGCAGAUACACCUCAAGCUGCGCAUACACCCCAACUGCAGCCUGAACCUGUCUUCAGCAGCCCUCUUCAUGCCGACAUCAGCCGCAUUUUAAACUUAAUGGGGAUAAAGCACCUCAACUCUGCAGCAGCAGGGCCUUUGAAGACAGAUUGUUAUAUCGUCGAGGCGCAGCUGCUUGUGGAGGCUGCUGCAGCAUAUCAGCUGUAUAUAAAUACGCAGACUCCAACUGCAUGCAGCAAGCUAGAAGAUUUCUUUGCUGCAGCAGCUGCUGCCUGCACGGGUACUAGCAGCUCGUACUACACCAGCAGCCUGCAGCUAACCGCAGCAGCAGCAGCAGCAGGAUCAGCAGCAACAGCAUCUGCAGCAGCAGAAGCAGCCGCAGCAGCAGAAGCAGCCGCAGCAGCAGAAGCAGCUGCAGCAGCAGUAUCAGCAGAAGCAGAAGAAGCAGGAGCUGCAGUAGCAGCAGAAACAGCAGCAGCAGGUGGUGCUUGCUGCGACAACUUGUCUUAG